AUGUUUGGUGCGCUUAAUCGAUUUAUUGGGCGGCUGGACGGCGAGCCUGUCCAGCAGUCUCGGAAUGGCCCCAGCGACAACGCCUAUGGCUUCCAAGUACUCCGCAACAAGGAUACCGAGCUGCCCUUGGAACCGUGGUUUGACUUUAUCGUGGGAAUUAAUGGCCAUCCUAUUGAAGAUCCAGACCCAAACCUCUUUGCGACGGAAGUGCGCAAUUGCGCCGGCUCUAGCUUGACGUUGGAAAUAUGGAGUGCCAAGGGCCAAAGAACGCAUACCGUCACAGUCCCCGUACCAGCAACGAGCCCCUCCCUUGGCCUUGCUCUACAACUUGCCCCCCUUUCUUCUACACAACACAUCUGGCAUGUCCUUGGGAUCCCAUCGCCGCUGAGCCCUGCCUAUCGUGCGGGACUACUGCCACAUUCAGACUAUAUCAUCGGCACGCCGAGCGGGACAUUACGUGGGGAGUCUGCGCUCGGGGAGCUGGUAGAGGACCAUCUUAACCGCACCCUCGUUUUGUGGGUAUACAACAGUGAAUUCGACGUCGUACGGGAGGUCGAGCUCGUUCCCACAAGAGGAUGGGGCGGUGAAGGCGCCCUUGGAGCCGAGCUGGGCUACGGCGCUCUACAUCGUCUACCAAUUGGGUUGGGCGAGGAAGUGGAAGGACCUGGCGAGGUUGUCUUUGAAACGCGCGAAGAUGGAUAUCCCGCAGCAGUCCCAAGCCACAAUGGCAUCCCCGCAGUAACCGAAUCCUCUGCAAACUACCUAGUCCCAGCAAACAUGGUAUCACCCCCUCCUCUUGCGUCUCAAACAAGAGUAAUUUCACCUCCGAGCGGAGCAUCACCCGCAAGCCGGCGGAGUGCAAAGACACGUCCGGGGGUCUCGCCUAGCAGAGCGUUUGAUGAUUACUUUGCCGAAGGCGAGCAGAAGAGUCGGGAAGAGGACUUUGCGCCUUCACGGAAGGGGACUCCUCUGCCUCCUCCACCACCUCCGCCUAGAGUUGGGACCUCGCCCUCCCAUUCCGGCAGUCCAGCUCCUGCAGCAGCCGAGGCAAUAGCUAAUGUGGAAGCUGUGGAGGGAGAACCAGGGCCAGCGCAGGAAGAAUAA